AUGUGUUGGAUAUUGCAGGAUUGCAACAAGCAUUUUGCAGCAGGGGAAAAAGCUCUUUUGGAUUUAACAAUAUACCAAAGCUCCUACAUGACCGACUUUCAACCCUAUGGGAACUACGGAUACAUUAGGAUGGAGCCAGGCGAGAAGGAGAAACUGGACCGCCAGCUCCGGGAGAAAGAGCUUUACAGGCCGGUGGUGAGCCCAAUCCCCAAGCUGAGCGCCGGCUACGCCGCCUUCGAGGGAACACGCCUGACGGCCCGGGACCUGGGCCGGCCCUGCUUCCUGCUGCCGCAAGCCGGGCCGGCCCAGGAGGCGGCCCCGGGGGAGCCCGAGGAGGAGCCCCUGGAGGAGGACGCGUGCAGGGUGGCCGGCACCUGCCCCUGCAUGUACCCGCGCUCCUACGGGCUGGGCGUGGCGCGCGCGAGGCUCGACAGCCCGCUGUACCAGGUGGCCAACUUGCCCUGCCUGCUGGAGCCCGCGCGCCAGCCCGCUCCCCACAUUGGCACUGGCUACUUUCUGAUGCCGGGCUGUCUCUGUACUUUUCACCAUAAGAUCAAGUACCCCAUCCUGAGCCGGUGGGGCCCCCUGCUGCCCUUUUACCAGUAG